AUGUCUGCCCUCGACCCGGAGGCUCCCUCACAGCCGAGCCAACAAACCGGCUUGAACCAAGGUCAAAAUCCCGCCUCAAAAACCUCAGAAGAACAGUCCACCUCAAAAGAUGCCCCCUCCACCCAAUCCAAAACCAUCGACCACCGUCAACCUCACGACGUACCGGAGAAACAUGGCGACGAAGCGAACUUCGGCUCCAUGGCUGCAUGCGAACGGGGCCCGUUGACCGAGAAGUCGGUUCCCGGCUCCGAUGCGCAGAACUACGCCAAGGGCGACAGCAAUCUAGAGGGCGAGCAGAUGCGCAUGCCGGGCGAAGGCGACGUUGCAGACGCUGUGAGAGGUGGUGGUGGCGGCGGGCACGGCGAGGAACAGAGCCUGACGCAGAAUCUUGACAAGAAGGUCGCCGACCAUGAGGCGGAGUUGCAUAAGAGAGGGGAGCGGACGGGGAAGGAGAUCGAGGAAGAAGAGAAAGAAGACUGGACGGGCAAGAAGGCCGAUAUUGCUAGCGCGCUGAACGAGGGUCGAGAGGGCCGCGACGGAGCAAACCGGCCCGCGAUGGUGUUGGCCGCAGAGGAGUAG